UAUUUAGCUAUUUUUUGGCUAGCAUUUGAUUUUAAGUGUUAAAAAACGGGACUGCUGUAAUUCAACUACAUUUCCCAUGAUGCCCCGAAACCAGCCGUUAGUUUUGCUUCCGGUUCAUUCAAAAACAGUGAACGCUGGAGCCACAUUUUAACCAUUUUAACCGGCAAAAUGUGAAUUAGGACACAGAAAACUCACUUUUAGUGGUUUACGCGGAUUCCGCAAUAGAUGUUUGCUGUUUUAUAAGCUUCUUCACACCUGCCAGGAUGGAUCUUGGUAAGGCUAAGCUGAUCAGGACUGGUCUCAACUGUCUUCACCAAGCCAUCCACCCCGUGCACGGGAUCGCCUGGACGGACGGCAAGCAGGUCUGCCUCACGGCGCUCUACUUCAUCAAUGGGGAGGUGAAGUUUGGGGACACUAAUGUUAUCGGGCAGUUUGAGCACGUCUUCGGGCUCUUCUGGGGGCCGCUGUGCUGCUCUGAUUCUCCUGCUCUGUUGGCUGUUCAGCACAAAAAACAUGUUACCGUGUGGCAACUGCAGCUCAGUGCGCUUGAGCAGAACAAGCUGCUGUGCACUCAGACCUGUGAGAUGAGCGAGCCUUUCCCUUUGCUGUCUCAAGGCUGCGUCUGGCAUCCGAAACUGGACAUUCUAGCUGUGCUGACGAAGAGGGACACGUCUGUGCUGUUUUCUGUCAGAGUGGAUAACCGGAGAAUCAAAGCGGACAUCAAAGGUAGCGGACUCAUUCACUGUGCUUGCUGGACUAAAGAUGGUACACGCCUGGUGGUGGCUAUAGGCAGCGCUCUCCACUCCUACAUCUGGAAUGACAUCCAGAAGAGUCUGGUGGCCUGCUCCUUCUGCCCCAUCUUUGACGUCGGAGGGUACAUCUGUGCCAUCGAGGCGACGGGGGAGGCUCAGGUUGCCGUGGCUACAGAGCUGCCUCUCGAUAAAUUAUGUGGGUUGAAUGCGGGCAUCGCCUUCGACAUGUCAACAGAGCAGGAGUCCCUGCAAGGCCACGGCUCGCACAUGGUCAUGUCAGAAGACGACAGCCUGCUAGACUCGAGGAGGAGAUCGUUUGAAUCAGAGAGGUCUUACAUCCCCAGCUCAGGUCCUCUCGAUCUCACCCACCUCCUGGCGAGGCACCGUCGCUCCGACCCAAGCCCCCUCAUCCACCUGCGUCGCCGAGACACAGUGACGGGUUCUGGACAGGAUUCCUCACACCUCAUUCUGGUUACCUACGACCGAAAGGUCACCACCACCCGCAAAGUCAGCAUCCCAGGGAUUCUGGUCCCUGACAUUGUUGCAUUUGAUCCGCGGGGAUCCACAGUCGCAGUGGCGUCCAACACCUGCAGCAUGGUUCUCGUGUACUGCAUCACUGCAUCUGCGAUGCCCAACAUCCAGCAGAUCUCUCUGCAGGCGAAUGACAGGCCCAAAGGAGUCUGUUUCCUCAGUGACAAGAUGCUGCUGUUGAUGGUGGGCAGGCAGAAAUCCAAUGACCCUGCCUUCCUCCCGUCUUCCAACACAGAUAAAUACAUUCUUCGCCUCAUAGCCAAAGAGCUGAUGUACGAUGGAGAGACUUCUAUCACGCCAUCCCCCAGUGCCAACCAUGAGUCCACUUCUAAUGUCUGCGCAAGGAUUAGGAGACACUCAGAGCACCUGUCAAAGGAUGACAGGGAACGCACAGGGAUAAAGGACUUGGUGUUGCCUGGAAGGGGGAUAGUUGGUUCACCAGGGAACAGGCGCAGGCUGGUGGAGGAGGUGAGGAGCACCGAGGCCAGCCCCGUCACCAGCUCCGUGGACUUCUCUGACCGAGCUUCAGACAGAGCCCCGUCCAGUGCCUCUUCCAUCACGGUGGAGAACUUUGACAUGGAUCACAUCAACCGUAUGUCCAGCCUGGCGGUGGCCGGCCAGGUCAGCAGGGAGUCCAGCCGGUGCAGCUCUCCUCGCUUCGAGCCGUCGGAGAAGCUUCACUCGGAGCCGACGCUGCCGAUGCCUGACAAAACUUCUGCUGUGGCUAAAGAGCGAGCACUGGAGCAGCUGGUUCACAACAUGGAAAGACUUUUUACUCGCUUUACAGAAGUACAGCAGUGCCUGACGGAAAUCAGAGAUUGUACGCAGAAUGGCAAGAAGGCCCUGACUGUCUACCCCAAUGCCUGUGAAGCCCCUUAUGUCAAUGUCACAUACCAGAAGCAGUUGUCAGAAAACGUGUUCAUUGACGAGCGGAGGCCGGUGUUGCUUUGUGAUGGGAAGCUGUGUCUGCGUGCCCUGCAGGACCUCUUUGGCCUCACCAUUGUGGAGAUGAUGUAUGGACCGUUGUGGAUUGUACUCGUGGCAGAUGCAGACGGCUUUGUUCCUUUGACGUUUAAGCCCAAAGAUGAGCUAACGGUGCGGAACGGGAAGCGAAAAUCGACCCUUCGGACUCCUGGGAGUCCAGAGAACUCCAGUCCAACCAGUCCAGCCCCCAGCCAAAACCCAAACACAACCACAGAGGCCUCCACAUAGCUCUGAACACACACACCUCAACCUGUGGACUCAAAUAUACACCAAAAUAAUCUGAAUGGUUCACAGUGCAGAUGGAGCCCGACCGAUUCGGCAUUAUUGGAUCGGUCUCAAUUCUGCUGGAUAAACUAUGCAAUUGCCAUUUCUAAAUGAUCUUUGACUCUUUCUUUGCAUCAUGUUCUGUAACAACACAGGUUUUCAUAUUGAACAACAUACAUGCCAAUACCAGUAUUUUCAGUGUGAGCUGAUAUCGGUUGGGAUCUAACUUCUGUGAGCCACAUUAGAGUUAUCAAACUUAUUUUUUGUAUUGAACCACAGCGUAGAUUUGAAAAGGGCUGCCUGUGUAAUGUUUACAUGUUGGCUGCUUUGAAAUGGAAUCUUACCUAAGAGAAACUGGGAGCAAUGAGCCACAUUUUUUUUCUGGUUUUGACAAAAUGCAGUGCAGCUUUGAGCGUGUUCUAGAGAUGUUUUCUUCACCAGAGAAAAUACUGGCUAAUGUAUGACGUAAAGCACUCCAGAAACGUGCAAAUGAGAUGUGUGAAUUUCAAAUUUUGCCACUAAAAAUGUCUGGUUUAGCAAUUAGAUGCUAAAUAUUUUAUCUCAAAUGUCACAAGUUUAAAUUACCCAUGCUGUGCAGCCCUUUAGAGUGAAAAUGUUCGCUAUUAACUGUCAACCCAACUGAAACACUUUCUGCUCUGCUCAGUACCACAACUGCCCACAAGAGGGAGCAGCAGCAACAGAACAGUCUGUUUAGGUCACACACUGUUGUUAGGAUUGUUUUUGAAGGCCAAAAAUGAAAGUAGGUAGCAUUCUGAAUAUUAAAUUUGCAUAACCAGCA